AUUGUGCUGUUCCUGCUGAAAUCACAAUGAGACAGUGGGGGAAACUGAAUUUGCUGCUGUUGGUCCUGCUGGGACCUGUUGGUGCUCUGGCUGAUUCCAUUGUUGCUGAGAGGAGUCGUCGCCAAGGUAACUGGUGGCAAGAUUAUGGCCAUGUUGUGUCUAAUCUUGGCCCUACUAGAGGGGCUAAUGGCUUGGCUCCUGGCUCCAGGCAACUCCCCGUCUCCCCCCAGAACACGGUCAGUGUGCGAUGUGAUGAGGACAAGAUGGUGGUCACCGUGCAGACUGAUCUCUAUGGGAUUGGGAAGAGGGUGAAGGCUUCAGAACUGACUCUAGGACCCCAGCGCUGCUCCCCCAGCCCCCAGAGCACAAGCACUGCUGUCCUCUUCCAGGUGGCCCUGCAGGAUUGUGGGAACAGCUUACAGAUGACUCCCAACUUCCUGGUUUAUAGCACCAACCUCACCUACGCUCCUGCUCCCAGGAAUGUUCCCAUUAUUCGGAUGAAUGGGGCAAAGGUUCUCAUUCAGUGCUUUUAUCCCAGGAAUGGAAAUGUUAGCAGUAAGGCAAUCAAACCAACAUGGGUACCAUUCAGCUCCACCAUAUCUGCUGAAGACAGACUAGCAUUCUCAUUACGCCUUAUGACAGAUGACUGGUCCUCUCCAAGGGCUUCUAAUCUCUUCCAACUGGGUGACAUCUUCCACAUAGAAGCUUCUAUCAACAUUGCAAACCAUGCGCCAAUGACUAUAUAUGCUGACAGCUGUGUGGCCACAGUCACGCCUGAUGUCAAUUCCAACCCCCGAUAUGAGAUAAUUAAUCAAAAUGGGUGUCUGGUAGAUGGGAAACUGGAUGACUCUUCUUCUGCCUUCCGAUCUCCAAGGCCCCAGCCUGACAAGCUUCAGUUCUCUGUGGAUGCAUUCAGGUUUACUACAUCAGAUAGCGCUGUGAUUUACAUAACUUGCAAUCUGAGAGCUGCUGCAACCACCCAAGUCCCAGACCCCAUGAACAAAGCCUGUUCCUUCAGCAAAUCUGCAAACAGUUGGUCUCCUCUUCAAGGACCCAGUAACAUAUGCAGCUGCUGUGAUACUGGAAACUGUGUCUCUGUACCAGGCCAAAGCAGAAGACUAGGACCAUAUUUUUCAGGCUCUAGGUGGAACCAAAAAAGGGAAGCUGUGCAUGUGACUAAAAUGGAGGAGGAAGAACAUAGCUUGGCUACCAUAGGGCCCAUAUUGGUGGUUGUACCUGAACAAACCAAAACACAAGCUGUAAAGCAGGAACUGGAAGGAAAGACCUUGGAACUGUGGGAGCUGUUGGCAUUGGGUUCUCUGGGACUUGUCCUGCUAGCUGCCUGUAUUGCUGUCAUUGCCACUAAGCUUGCUAAAAGGAAGCAAUAUAUAUCCACUAUCCAGAAAUAAAGACCAAAAGUAUC